UGCUAGGCGCGCUCAUUGCUCUCUUCGCAUGAGCAAGCCCACUUCCGCGAAGCCCUCGGAAGCAUACAUGGCAAGGAAACGCAACGCCGCGAAGGUGAACGCUGUGACGACCGGCGAAGCCCCGUGGGGCAACAUCGAAACCAACGUGCUCUCCAAGCCGCCCGAGAACGUGUCUGCGGACGCGUCCUGGGCCUCCGUGAUCGGCAUGUGGCUGCUGCUGCCUCUCAACAUCCUGCAGGCGAUCUUCGGCGCUCUGCUGCCGAUCGUCUACCGCAACUAUUCGUGGUGGGCGGCCCAGUCGGUCGGGUGCGGGCGGCCGUUCCUUCUCGCGUGGACGUGGUGGCGUUACGUGCUGACCGGCCUGCUCGCCCUCAUCCUCCCCUGCACGGGCGGCGGGUCGCGGCUGCGUCUGUUCCGGUGGGAGUGGGCGGCCUUCGGGAAGGGGGAGUACUGGUACCACGGCGAGGGCGUCUGGGCGUGGACCUACGCCAUGGUCGACGCGAUCCAGAAGGGCAGCCAGGCGCGCAAGGCGGCCUUCGGCUGCAUCGCCGCCGCCAUUCCCGACCUCUUCCCCAAGGGGAUCCUCAUCUUCUUGCCAAACUCGGGCAAGAGCCCUGAGGCCGAGGCGAGCCCUGCCGCGGAGGAGAAGAACGAGUGGUGGUGGAUGCGGCAAGAGUUCCACAAGAUCUUCUUUGCGGGCAACCCCGGCUACUACGAGCGGCUGCAGAACAUCGGGCCGUACCUCAAGAAGAAUGGGGUCGUGCCGGACCGCUCCAAGCUCGACGACAAGGAGUACCUCAACGGCCUCGUCGUGCAGUGCGUCAUGUACGUCAUCUUCGACGCGUACGCGGAGGGAGGCACCAUCGGCUCCACUGGCCUCGACCGCUCUGUGCCGGCCAACUGGGACCACGCAGAGUACGAGCCGAUCUGGCUGAGCCCAGACGAGGUCUCGCAGAUGGUCAACUGGCGCGGGUAUGCCGCCUACUGGGUGCUGCCGCGGCUGCUGCAGCGCUUCCUCUUCAACUUCCUGAUCGGCAGAGUCAAGGGGCUCCGAAAGGACUCGGCGGACCUCGUCGACAAGCACAGGCUGCGCGCGCCCUUCGAGAAAAUGAACAGCCAGCUGCCCGUGCAGUACCGCAGCGAGUACGGCGUCGAGCUCAUGGACAAGGUCUUCUUCAUCUUUGGCUUUGCCGGCAUCGGCGGCACCUCGGCCGGCGUCGAGUCGACGGGCCAGUUCCUUCAGGGCAAGACGGGCGAGAUUGGGGACGGGCUGGUCACUUUCCCGCCCGGCUACGACGGCUUCGCGAUGUGGAAGGACGGCGACUCCUCCACGCGGCACAACUUCAUCCGCGAGGUCUGCCGCCUCGACCCUCCCGUCACCUCCGCCACCACCUCCUUCGUCGCCGAGAAGACGAUCCUGCUCUACAACGGCGUCGGCUGCCCAAACGCGUGCGGCGGAAACAAGGAGACGACCUUCCCCAAGGGAACGCUCAACCAGUACACCCUGUCGAUGGCCAAUCGAGACCCGACAACGUUCGCUGAGCCGCAGACCUUCAACCCAACUGGGCCAGGCGCCGCGCGCGCGCCUCGCGCCUUCCGUCUCGCGAGGCGCCUCCCCCCGGGGCACGCGCUCACGUGGAACGGCGCCUUCAAGUCGACCGCGCCGGGCCCCGAACCCGACGCACUCGCCGCGCAGUACCCGCGCAUCUGCCCCGGCCGCAAGCUCUCCAUCUACAUCAUCGAGGCGAUCAUCAACGCCCUGAUUCUCGAGGAUGCCCCCACCGCCCCCUGAGCCGGCAGGCGCGCCCGGGGCCCCGCAUUCCUCGCGCGAUGCGCCUUCUCCGGCGCUCGCAGCGGGCGGCGGGGGGUUCGCGCAUGCGCCGCCCUCUACCUCGGGACGGGUCUCGGAGGUGGUCUCGGGAAGGUGCUCCGCACUUGCUGGGCCGCGUCGCUCAAGACAGUCGGCUGCAAAGCAUUCGGUACGCGCAUGAGGUGAGAUCUGGCGGAGGGCGGGGGACGUACACCGGUCGGCCAUGUGCCGGGGUAGCCACGGCCAUGGAGGAGGGGAGGGGGUAUGGGAAUAGGAUUGCUCCGUCGCGCGCCCUCGUGAGUCUGCACUAGGCGGUGGCGAGUUUCGGAGUCUUCCUUCAGCUUCACACAGCAGCCCACAUGCGGCAGUCUGCCGGGCGUGCGCGGGCUACCCCGCCGGCAGCCCGGCACGCGGACGCGCGGCCGUUCUCGCGCGCACGACCCACGAGCUGCCAGCUCUGCGCGCGCGAAAACUCGAGUACGUACUUUUAUUUAGCUUAAGGGGGAGAAACUCUCGAGUACGUG